GGAAAUCGAAGGUUAAUGCUUCGAACAUCCAGUAUACAUGUGCCUCCGGAACUAGGGUUUUCCACCUAUUCGUGGCCGCCUUCCAACUCUCGAGCCCCAUACCGCCUCGGCGCUUCCUCGCUACCAGAGAGCAUGGAUACUCAAGUUAAGCUUGCUGUUGUGGUUAAAGUGAUGGGCCGGACCGGAUCAAGAGGUCAGGUGACCCAGGUCAGGGUUAAGUUUUUGGACGAUCAAAAUAGACUUAUCAUGAGGAACGUGAAGGGCCCAGUUAGGGAAGGUGAUGUCCUUACCCUUCUCGAGUCCGAAAGGGAAGCUAGGAGGCUGCGCUGAUGGUACUGCAUGGUCUAAUCAUGCCUACAUUCAUGGGAUGUUUCUAAAAUGGAGCAUCUUGUUGCCUUUUAUUAUGUUUUCCAUUUAGUACUAGCACUGGUUUUUGGAUUUUGCCUGUCGCUACAAAGCCAAAGUGCAACAUGGUUCGCUUGUUUCUUGUUUUGGAUUUAGCUUAGUUUUUGCUCUUAUGAAGGUUUCUGAAACUAGACCCUGUGCUACAAAAAUGUUAUGUUUCCUAUUUGUGCUACAAAUCACAGGCUUCAAUUUAUGAAUUUGUUGGGAGACAGAUCAACGACUUUGCAAAUA